GUUUCAGGGACACCUCUGGCCAGGGGCGCUUCUGCACCAUCUUCCGCUCUUACUCCAGAGGAGCGCAGGAGCCUGAAAUUGGCAUGUGCCCUCACAUCCUCAAAAGGUUCUACAGCUGCAUCAUUGAGAGUAUCUUGACUGGCUGCAUCACUGCUUGGUAUGGCAACUGCCUGACAUCCGACCGCAAGGCACUACAGAGGGGUGUGAUCUUGGUCUAUGACAUCACCAACCGAUGGUCGUUUGAUGGUAUUGACAGAUGGAUUAAGGAGAUAGAUGAGCAUGCACCGGGAGUGCCUAAGAUCCUGGUGGGGAACCGGUUACACCUGGCCUACAAACGCCAGGUGACCACAGAGCAGGCCCAGGUAUAUGCCGAGAGGUUAGGGGUCACCUUCUUUGAGGUCAGCCCGCUGUGCAACUUUAAUAUCACAGAGUCCUUCACAGAGCUGGCCAGGAUAGUCUUGAUGAGGCAUGGCAUGGAGAGACUCUGGAGGCCUAACAAAGUUUUGAGUCUUCAGGACCUGUGCUGUCGUUCCAUCGUGUCCUGCACCCCUGUCCACCUUGUUGACAAGCUUCCUCUCCCCCUGGCUCUCAAGUCCCACCUCAAGUCUUUCUCCAUGGCCAACGGCCUCAAUGCCCGCAUGAUGCACGGACGGUCCUACUCCGUCACCGCCACUGCUGCCAACACCACCCACAUCCCCACCAAGAGGACCGGAUGCCAGCUGCUGAAAAAGAAAAAACUCUUCCGUCCUCCGCCGCUCAGCCCGGCAGGCGAACAGAGCUGCACUGGCAACAGCUGCAAGAUCUCCUAGCAACCAGUUGAAACAGGAAGAGGAAGUCCUUGGGGAAGGAUGUUGUCAUCACAUGAACAGGAAGUUGGUGUUGAUCACUAGUGCAGCCAAAGAUGGUGGAUAAAUUAAGAUCUCCCACUGAGGCUGUUUACCAUUGAAAAGAAUGGUCACAGUUCCGGUCUGCUUAAUUCACACAUGUGAAUUGGAAAUAUGUUUUUUUUGCAUAUCCCAAUGCUCCCCGAGACACCCCCAGAGAGUAGGGUCAUGGCCAGGGUCUGCCAUUAUCAACAAGAACCCUGGAGCUUAGGGUUAAGUGCUUUUCUCAAGGGCACAUUGACAGAUUUUUCACCUUGUCGGUUUAUGGAUUAGAACUAGCAACCUUUCAGAUACUGGCACAAUGCACUAACCGCUAAGCCACCUGCCCAUUAUAGCAUCUGUGAGAGCACGGGCAGUGCCAUUUAGAUCCUUCCUUAACCUAUAGGAAGUCCCACCCAGUUGAAUACUUCCAAGUACUGAAAGUCCUCAAUGGCGCUCCCCAUGCUAAAACAAGCUUUUGGGCACGAGAGUCUUCUAUCUAUUUCUAUGGGUGCAGCUCGUCUAGGGUCACCAAGAGCCAGCCACAUGAGCUUCAAGGGAGUGUUCAACGAGAGGUGACCCCUCACAGCCCCCCCCAAACCAGGAAGUUUUCACAGGGACUGGAUGUUCUAGGCCUCCAGACGCACAACAGUCUCCCACAGGUACUCACAGGAGGUCCAUUGUGUGACAAAGAUGGGGAAGGAACAUGUCAUGCUCAGAGAUUUUGGAUUAGCGCUAUGGGUCACUGCCCUUGGACCCAGAAGGAAGUUUUGAUGCUAGAUCAUAUGUGAGCCAUAUGACUAUAUUGUGCACAGACUAUAUUUCAAUUACUUUUUAAAUUCAUUUGGUAAUUUGUAUUUCACCGGCCUGAACUACAAUAUAAUGUAUUUUGUAACAAGACACUUUCGAGACCUGUAAUUUGUAUUUUCAAAAUACAAAAUACAUUUCUAUACCAUUUUUUUUUUUAUAGUGGUUCACAAUUUCGUGGCCUCCUUUCACCCUGCAUUGGUAUCAGAAGUCUGAUGGCAGUAUGGUGUUAAGAGUGUCUCCUAAAUGACGAAAUGUAAAUGUUAAAAUUUGUAUUAUUGGGUAUUAUUCUAAUGAGCUCUGUCUAGAAACAAGGCCAAUAAUAACA